CCAUAGACCAAACGCAGACUGCAAUCUUGACUUUUUCUUUUUUUCUGUCGCUCCAGUGUUUGUUUUAAUAGGCUACCGGUGUCCAAAGGAGUGUCCAAUCCGCGCGCACAGCCGCUGCGAGCCGAGGCUUCUCCUCGCUGCAUGUCUCAAACUGCACGCAGACACACAGGCAGAGAGGUAAGACGAGGAGGAGCUCCAGCUCCGCAGGACCGACCGCGUAAACGGAAGGCUGCUCAUGCGCUUGGAUUAUACCGGGCAGUGAACUGUCACCGCUCAUAACAGCGCCAGCACGGCUUUCCUCGCUGCCCUCUGCAGCUCAUUAACUCGUCUUCUAAUAGUAAAUCAAUCAAUAAAUAAGUCUGGAUAUUUGCGCAAAAACUACAACAGUAGCGGCGUUUAUGUGAUUUUUCUAGUUUUUUUUUUAAAAUUUGUUUUUUCUUACCCUGGAUAAAAUUAUAUAAAAGUAUUUUUCUUUCACCUGCACUGCUUGAACUGUCGGAAGAAGAAGGUCUUCUCCUUUCGCAUCUGUAAGUCUCUCCCUGGAACUACAUCAUCUACAAUCUAGACUUACCUGUGUGUGGAAGAUAUGAGGUGUGCAGGCUCCUGGUGGAUUGUUUGGUCUCUUCUGGUGCUCAGGGAGGCAGCAGACGCUGGAACAAUCGCAGACACAUCACUCAGUCCUGGACUGAGCACCGAGAUGGGACAGAGUGAGAAGGCGCUGAGCCAAGGUCAACACAGAUGUGUCGAGCCGUCCAAAAGAGAUGCCCAAGAAAACAGAACUGGUCUGUUCUGCGCUCCAAUGUGGGAUGGGUUUUUGUGCUGGAAUGAGACACCGGCUGGGGAAUCGGUAACUCUACAGUGUCCAGAUCGCCCUGACCUCGGUCCAACCGAAAAAAUGACCAAAUAUUGUGACAAAUCAGGCAACUGGGUCCAAACAGGUUCUGCUUGUGGACCACCUUUAAAGAGCAAAAUAGAGGAAAUUAGUUUUUUAAAGGAUGCGGCAGGAGAGCCAACCACAGAAGCCAUGUGGGUCAGAACAGAAAAAAUUAUUCUUGAAAACGAAAACAAAUGCCUAGAGAAAAUGAAGAACGCGCCACCUUAUAAUAAAUCAGGCUUGCACUGCAGUAGGAACUGGGAUGGCUGGCUGUGCUGGGACGAUACUCCAGCAGGAAGCUACGCAUCCCAGAACUGUCCUGAUUACUUCGUAAACUUUGACCGCACAGAACAGGCAAAAAAGUACUGUGGAGCAGAUGGAGAGUGGUUUCGUCAUCCAGCGAGCAAUAAAAUUUGGACCAAUUACACACUCUGUGUGACAACCGAUGACAAGAGGCCAGCGAAACUCAAAGUAGAAGAAAAUGAACAGAAAUGUCUGCAAAAAAUUAAACAAGACCCAGCACUCAACAAAACAGUGCCAUACUGCAGUCGUAACUGGGACGGCUGGCUGUGCUGGGACGAUACACCGGCAGGUACCCUUGCCUCUCAGAGCUGCCCUGAUUAUUUUUCUGACCUCAACCCCACAGCAAUGGCUACAAAGUACUGCGCAGAAGAUGGGCAGUGGUUUCGCCAUCCAGCGAGCAGCACAACUUGGACUAAUUAUACACUGUGUGUUGAUGACAACCCGGAGAUAUUGAGGGCAACUGCACAGUUCUCCCGAAACACUGAGGUGGAUCUCAUCAGUGAAGCCACAGAGAGUCCAGAGGUCCAACAAAAGAAUCGGGAAAUUGUGCGGAGAAAAAUCCUUGACAACCAGUACAAAUGUUUUGAGAAAAUUAACAGAGAUCCACCUUACAACAAAUCAGGUUUGUACUGCAGUCGGAACUGGGACGGCUGGCUGUGCUGGGAAGAUACUCCAGCUGGAACUUACACAUUCCAAAACUGCCCCAACUAUUUUGAUGACUUCGACCCCACAGAGAAGGCAACAAAGUAUUGUGGGGAGGACGGGCAAUGGUUUCGCCACCCGGAUACCAACAGGACAUGGUCAAACUACACACUCUGCAAUGAAAACACUAAGGCAAAACUAAAGUCGGCUUACAUCCUGUUUUACAUGGCUAUUGUGGGCCAUGCUUUAUCCAUAGCCUCCCUGCUUAUCUCUCUGGCCAUCUUCUUCUACUUCAGGAGUUUGAGCUGUCAAAGAAUCACCCUCCACAAGAACCUGUUCUGCUCCUAUGUGCUGAACUCUGCCCUCACCAUCAUCUACCUUGUCACUGUGGUCAACAAUCCCAAAGUGGUGGCCAGCAACCCGGUUAGCUGCAAGGUUCUGCACUUCUUCCACAUGUACAUGUUGGGCUGCAACUAUUUCUGGAUGCUCUGUGAGGGGAUUUACCUGCACACACUCAUCGUGGUAGCUGUGUUUGCAGAGGAGCAGCACCUGCACUGGUACUACCUACUGGGCUGGGGCUUUCCUCUGGUGCCUGUGUCCAUCCACGCCGUAGCGAGGAAAAAGUAUUUUGAUGACAACUGUUGGAUGAGCGUUGAGACCCAUCUGCUCUACGCAGUACACGGACCCAUAGUGGCAGCCCUUCUUGUUAACCUCUUCUUCCUGCUGAAUAUCAUAAGAGUGCUGGUGACGAAGUUGCGAGACACUCACCGAGCAGAGUCCAACAUGUACAUGAAGGCGGUGAGAGCCACCCUGAUCCUGGUGCCCCUGCUCGGAAUUCAGUUUGUCAUAUUUCCUUGGCGGCCGGAGAACCGUCUGGCCGGUGAGGUCUACGAGUAUGUCAUGCACAUACUCAUGCAUUAUCAGGGUUUGCUGGUGGCAACAAUAUUCUGCUUCUUCAAUGGGGAGGUGCAGGCAGCUCUGAAGAGACAGUGGAUGCAGUACAAAACCCAGUGGGGUCAGCGACGGAAGGACCACUGCUCAAUGCGCUCUACGUCCUACACGGCCACCUCCAUCACCGAGGUGCCGGCCUUCAUGUACCACCACGAGUGCAACGCCGAGCAUCUGAACGGCUGCCACACAAAGGACUCGGAGCUGGUGGCUUUGAAAUCAGGAGACACGUACGCUUAGACUACUCUUUAAUCGGAGCGUAACGGCAGACACACACCAAGUCAGAAAAAAGAAAACGAUUCUGUUCUAGCAGCCUCAUCUCAGCGAAUAAAUCUCAGAGGCUAAUUUGUCCGGCACGGGGUGAAUAUACGGGUCUGAGACAGAGCGCUCACCAGGAGAGAAGAUUAGCUACGAGACUGAAGCAUUUUAUUUACACUUUAUUCUUACGUUGCUGCUGCAGCUCCUUUUUUUUUUUUUUUGAGAACAUUGAUGUCGAGAACUUGCGGCACGAGGGGAGAGCUGUUCAUGAUGUCUGCUGACUUUCUAAAGCUGCUAUUCUGUGUGUGGGUCGGCUCACAGAGACAGAGAGGAAAUCAAAUUACUGCAACUGUGGUGCUUUCUGUUCUUGAUGACAGUACUAAAUGUGACACUUAAGUGGGUAGCAGUUCUAACUCUUUAUGACUUUGACAAACAACAUUGGAGUGGUGAAAACCAUCACUAUGAUUAUUAUUAUUACUAUCAAGCUGAGGACCACAUCAUUCCUAUACCAAAGGGUACUGUUUGUUCACCACAGCUAUGAAGACAGAAGCAGAGGUUAAACACCCCUCACACACAUUAAGUUAAUAUGACAUGGAAGAGGUAACAUUUCUAGACCCUAUUUUAUGCUUACAGUUCUGGAAUUAUUAUGUACAUAUAUGUAUGUUAAAUUUGUUUCCUUUGACAAAAGUUGUUUCACUGUUUUAAAAUGACUUUAUGCUUCAGUUUCUGGUUGCGUUUUACUUGUUAAUUCCUAACUCUGUGCUACCUGUGUGUCCCGUGAUGCUGCAUUCCUGACGGCUUUGUUGUUUCGAAGUUGCUGUAUCUGUGCCGAUGCCGAAUAUCACAGGGCUGAGAGGUAAAAUGCAUAUUGUAGACAGAAAAAUAAAAUACAAAAAAAAAGAGAACGAUAUAAAGGGUUUAUCAGUCACAGGAGCUCCUUUUGCUGAGCUAAUUGGAGUGCGGCAUCAGCUUUGCCCGGAGUCCUGAUAAAAGUUUUAUCGUCACUCCUUCUCGAACCUCUCUGCGGUUCGUCCUCGGCCAUCGUAGCAGUGCAUUUCUCUGGCCUCUGUGCGUACAUGUAGGGAUUCAUUUCAUAACCUUCUGUGUGACUGACCAGGGGUGACAAAAAAGAUUCAAUAUGGGCGCAAAUCUGAGUGUUACACCGAAGAGAACCAACUUUUACACGAGGGCACAAACACAAUUUAUUAACUUAUUCUUUCCUUGUUUUCUCUACUCUCUUAAUUUAAACGGUUUUGGCUAAUUGUUCUAAUCAUUGUGAACAUUAAUGUUUUAAUUUUGGGCUUUCGAUGAUUCAUUUGAGCCACUUUUGUGUCAGGAUGAAAUGAUUCAGCAGCAAUGGCUUCUAAAAAUAGGACUUGUGUGCACAAGUUUGGAUUUAUUGGCGAUUUGCUCUCACCCACAGAGGGCCAGAAUUACACCAGAAGGCUCAAACGAAUGCACACCCCCCCAAAAAUAUUUGCUUAAAUGCCCCUAUGCAAGUUACCCAUGGCUAUUCUUAAUCACAGUGAACAAAGUGGUUCUGUUGCAUCAUUAAAAACCCCAAAUUAAAUCAUUACGUAUGCGUACCUCUGACUGGAAAUGUAUCAACAAAAACUUUUGUUAAAAUUAUGUCGUUCUCAUGAAGUUACUUAUAAUCCUUAAAGUAGCGCUUAAAGAUCAAAGCUACAGACACAUUUAAACACAGGCAGAAAAAACUAUUUAUGUUUAUCAGUAAUACAGUCAACAGCCAACAUUUCCAGCUGCUUUUGUAAUCAUAAAUUCUUCUGGCUCUCAAAUAGAAACUUGCUGCUUUAUAUUAGCAUCACCUGCUUGAGCGCUUCAGGUUAAAAUCAAUUAUUUUCUAGAAAUAGCCGAUAAGGCUGCUGCUCCUCUUUAUAUUCUUUUAAAAAAAAAAUACACACUGUAAGGCAGGUUUGUGUUUUCAAAAAAAUGUCUGUAUCCAAUGUGUAGAAUUGCUCCCAAAGUUAGCCUACAGCUAAAUUUGAAAAGUAAAUCACUUUUUAUCAUUCGUCUGCCAGUCCAGAGCUGGAAUCUUAACCCUCUCAUUCUGACGGUGCCUCACACUUUGACUGCUGGACCCAAACUCGGCAAAUAUGCUUCUAAGUACCUCUUCAGCCAUUGUAUUACUGAAUUUGGUGCAUGUUUUGCCUGUUUCCGUCUUACACCUCACAUUAAGUGCUGGACCGCCUCGGCAGGAAAGGUAAGUAGGCCUUUCCUGCAUCUUGGGUCUUAAUGAUAUGGUUGACGCCGGUUUCUAUUGCUAUUCUGCUAUGUGCCUGUUGUUGGAUCUGGCAUGAGCAGCACCUCAAACUAUUCCUCAAUCCAGCCUUAUAUGACUAUUGGUAGUAAUGAUCAAUACCAGCCAAUCAGUCUGCAUGUGAUACAUGCUUAACCUUUCAAGAUGGUUCCUCUUUGUCCUUCUCUUGCACCUUCGAUUCCUGUCUCCAGAGACAUUCACUUAGCAGUCCUCAAAGAGGGUGGUCACCUUCCUGAUGUCCUCCAAGACCUUUGCUGAGUUAUUCAGCAUGAUGGUUUUGAUGCUCAAAGGGUGAAGGGUUAGGUUUAGGUUUUCUCUUAUAGUUCAGUCUCAGGGUGGUUCACUUAUAAUGAAACCCCCAUAAGGAACUUAUGGCCUGCUCAGUUGUCUUUUCAACUAUCUGUUUAUUAGUUUCACUGCCUAGCGGCAUCUCCAUGGUCUCCACCUUUAAAGGCAGGUCAUACACCUCUUUCAGCAGCUAUUCACUUUGACACCUUGACGAACUCUUCUUUAGACCGCCUCUAGCUGUUUGAAAAACACAAAUCACGACAGCAAUGUGACCCCUCAUUAAUAGAAAUCAACUCAUUAAACCUUAGAAGACACUCAGCAGCAUCAAUGUAGAGUGGUAAGUAUAAGACUUCUCCCAUUCUAAAGGACAGAACAAAGGCCGCCACUUGUCCGAAAACUACUCCUUAAUAUUUAAUAUGACAUCUUAUACCAGAAGUAUUUGGUCAUUGGCCAUCCCUUCACAACAAAGUGCUGUUCUCAAUUUGGUUCUCUUCAAGCAUCACUGCUAUGUACUAAACUCCCAUCUCUCUCUUGUAUGUCAAUGGCAAGAAUUGACAAGCAUGGACUCGCGGCAAUUGCAACAUAACACUGUCAGACCACAAAGCUGCCGAAGGAUUUUUUUUUUCUUGCUUCAUAAUCAGAACUGCCUGAUCAUAGGUCAACUUCUUUGGAUGGGUCUACGAGUGCUAUUGGAAAUGAUGAAGAGAGUGAUUUACAUGGUCACUAAAAGUUGACAAAAAUUUUAAAUUUAAAACAAUCUUCAAAAAUCCCAGAGGGCUAUUACGCAAGACCACAUUAAAUGAGUAAAAGAAAGCCAGGCUUCUUUGGAAAUCAUUAAAAAAAAAUGUUAGUAAUGUAUGUCUAUGAGUUUCUUUUUUUUUAUCAGCCCUUUGCCAAUAGGAAAAGAAGAGUGACAAUCAUUGAUAGAAUGGUUUUACAAAAAAUGUCACAUCCUAAAAAUGUACAUGUUCUAUUUUAUUAUUAAACUCAUCCUCCUCUUCACUGUA